AUGGCGCGGCUUCCGGUGCUGCCGGUGCUGCUGCUCCCGCUGCCGGUGCUGCUGCUCCCGUCGCUCCCGCCGCCUCCGCCAGGGAACGCGUCCCUGUCCGGCUGCCCCCCGGGCCAGUUCCAGUGCGAGCCCGGCGCCAUCUGCUUCCCUUGGGAGUGGCGCUGCGAUGGGCACCCCGACUGCGAGGACGAGGGGGACGAGCGGGGCUGCGGGACGGCGACCCCGGCGGAGACGAGUCCUGACGGCGCUUGGGUGAGCCCGCCGCGGAGCUCGGCGGCGCUGCCCACCGGCAGCGCAGAAGCUUCCGCUAUGCCUAUGCCCGGGGGCUCCGUGCCAUCGAGGAGUCAAGGCCGCACGUGGAUCUUGAUUAUUGCAGUGCUGCUGAGCAUCCUGGUAGCUGUGGGUUCUGUUGCUGUGUGGGGCCUGUCCAAAGCAAAAAGCAGACCUGACAUCUUCACUCUUGAAAAAGCAUCCAGGGAACAGCUGGUGCCUGACAAGAGCCAGAGGCUCGUUUCCCUGAAGGGUAAGUUUCUUGCACCCCAUGCGCUGUGUGUGCGUGAAGGAGAAAUGCCUUCUUGCCCUGUGUUUCUAGCCUCUAGAGCUUUCCCCUCCGGGGAUAGCUUUUCCCAGCUGUUCGUACUGCUGGUCAGCCACAUGCUUGGGGUUUCAGUCUGCCCUGAAGCAGCAGAACUCUCCCCUUACCUUCCUUCCUUGCAGUCAGCUCUUGCUUGA